AUGUCUUGCUAUGACCUGUCCUACACCUCCGCCUGCGGCGUCAACCGCCCCCAGCCCCUCGCUGACAGUGGGAAUGAACCGGGCAUCCGCCAGUGCCCCGACUCCACAACCGUGAUCCAGCCGCCCCCAGUCGUCGUCACCUUCCCCGGCCCCAUCCUCAGCUCCUUCCCCCAGGAUUCAGUUGUGGGAUCCUCUGGAGCACCCGUCCUUGGGGGCUAUGGGGGUCUGGGGGGCUAUGGCUCCUCCCUGGGCUAUGGGGGUCUCUAUGGCUAUGGGGGCUAUGGCUCCUCCCUGGGCUAUGGGGGUCUCUAUGGCUAUGGGGGCUAUGGCUCUUCCCUGGGUUACAGGGGCCUGUAUGGCUAUGGUAGACCCUAUGGUUCUGGCUCCUGCAGCCCUUACUCCUACCGGUAUAGCAGGUACAGCCGUGGCAGCUGCGGACCCUGCUAA